UUGUGGCCCAGGUUGCGAUGCAGGAUGAUAAUGCGGGCGGGUGGGAUGUGCUGUUGACCAAGAGGCGGCAGCGGGAGUAUCUGGUGACCGGAGUGAUUGGGAAGAUAUUGGAGAUGGAAGUCUUUGAUGACUUGUUGUUCGGGGCGGAUAAGGUGCAGAAGAGGAUGUUGGAGGCGCAGGACGAGUGCACGCUUGAUUAUGAAGGUGAGUGCUGUCGGACCUGUUUCCUCUUUUUUUUCUUUAUUUCUUUCUCUCUUUUAUCCCGUCUCGAGGGACACCGUCUCGUCUGACCCGAGACCAGGAUACCACCGCACCGGCCUUCGUUCGCAGUGCGUCCGCACCCUCCUGGCCGGCGACAUGCUGACUCCGGAGUUCUGGCCUCGCGUCGACCAGCUCACGCUCCAGAUCACGGUGUUGCUGCUGCCCCUGGUCGACCUCAUGGACGAGCACUUCCCGGCCAGCCAGGCGGCAUCGCUGCGCAGCUUCUACCAGGACCUGCACGCCAUCGUCGCUCGGGCCGGAUACCUUUCCCUCGGCAUCCGCUUGUCGAAAAACAUCUUCCACUUCUCGUCGCCCGUCCCGGGAACGGUGUGGGACAACGACCAAGCAAACGUCGACAAUCGCAUCUACCGGGCUUCCGAGGCCGCCAACACCCGCGCCGAUGCCGCCGCCGAGAAGGAGUGGAGGAGCCGGCGGGCUCGGCGGCUGGCUGCGCAGCGUGAGAGAAGAGAAAUCCGAGAUCGCGGGGCGGGCGUGCUGGCCUCGGCCAGGAGCGGAUUCGAGGCCGUUCGCGGGUUCGUCACCGGUCAUGGACAGGAGGAGGGCUCGGGGGAUCAUCAGCAGGGCGCCAACGACGUCUGGCGCCGUCCGUCCCGUAUGGGCAAGGUCCAAAUCGUCCUCUGGCCCAUGCUGCAGCGCUUCGCGACGGUCGGCGAGAUCGACCCGCGCACGGGUACCGCAUAUGGGGAAAGCAUCACCACCAUCUCCAAGUCCCGGGUGGUUUAUUACUACGGCCGAGUCGACGAGCGCGGCGAGGUUGGGGAUAGGUCCCCGAGCCUGGCCGAGUGGGUGCGGAAGACGGACCGUAGGCGCGCUCGGAUCGCCUUCCUGCCGCUUCGCUGGGCUGCGUAUAUCGCCGGCAUCUGGCUGCUGCUUGCUUUCCUGGCAGGGAACGACCCGACUGCUGCCGACGGGUUGCUGCGCCAUGUCGGGCACGUGCCGGCGGAGGUAGCCAGGUAUCUCGUCCGGGAAGCGGCCCUCUUCGUGAUGGAGGUCUUCAUCACCGUUAUCGCCAUCUUCAUCGCAUCCUCUAGGAUGCUCAUGUACUUUGCGUCUUCUGCCAGGAGCUCGCUGGACGGUCUGUUGGAAGAUGGCCAGCGAUGGCUCCUGGGUAGUGUCGGCGGUGUCGACCGGCGCGGAACCUUGGAAAAUAGCACCACAGGGCACGGCUCGGCGUUCAAUCGCGAUGACCUGAGCUGGGCCUCCGUGAAAGACGUUGCGAAAGCACUUGCCGAGCAGCUCAUCUGGUACGUCCAUCCUCCCCCAUCCUCUUCGCCUUGAUGGGACCCCUUAAGAUGGCCUGACAUUGGUUGGAACAAGGAAACCGGUCACCGUUCACGUCCCCGUCGAGUACUCGACACACACCGCGGUUGCUGUCGAGACGCCGCCUCCAGAUGGACGUCCAUGGCUGAACUGGUUUCGGUCAGCAUGACUCUUGUUUCUCCUGGUUUGGUUGAAUGUAC